GUUGGAUGUCACCGAUCCUCUGCGGCUCGGCGGCGGGCGCUGUCAGAGAGCAGGUCUGACGGUGAUGGUGGAGCGCCAGAUGAAGCGAAAGCAGCUGCUUCCGGUCUGAGCAGUUGGCGGCAAACGCACACGACGGACAAGGAGGUGAAAGUGCCGGUGAUCUUGUUUGGGAUCAGCGACUUGCUGCUUCCGGGUCGUACAAAGCGGAUGCACCUCUUCGAACCUCGUUGGGCGAGAAUGAUCGAUGCAGCCAGGAAAGACUUCUGUGGGAUCUUCUGUAUGUUGUAUGUGGACGACUCCCAAAUUGUUCCAGUCGCCUCCCUCGUUGAGAUUGUUGCCUGCGACGACCUGGGAAUGCACGGGCGGAAAGUGCAGGUUCGAUGUGUCGGCCGCGGCAGCUUGCGUGGUCUCACUGAGCAGGUGACUUCACCGAAUCACUGGGGAUUGGCCCUGGUGGAGGAGCUCCCGGAGGCAGUGCUGCCUCAGGACCUCCUGGACCUCGACGCGGAUGCAGGCGAUGCCGGGCGCACCGCCGCCGUCGUCGCAGGACGCCUCUCCGAAGUGAUGGCGCCUCGUCGAAUUCCGCCCGUUCCCCGUGGUUUAAGCUUGAGCCCUUCGCCUUUCAACCGAGGCGAACAUGAGGGGCCUGUGAUGUGGACGCACGAGCGGGAGGAGGCGGCCGAGAGCCUCGGCCAGCUGACGGCCGAUGCCUGGCGGCAGCGCCUCGAGGACGUCACGCGAACGCUGCGAGGGGUCCCGGUCUGCACGACGCCCCAGUCCGCGGAGGCGGCUGUGUGCCCAUCCCUGGCGGUGGCUUAUGCAGCGCUGAGCUUCCUUUCACUGGAAAGGAGGAUCGACUUCUUCAGGAACGAGGACUGGGACCUGACGAAGCGCUUGGAGGUCCUGGAGAAGCAGAUGGUCGAGGUUCAGGGCAUGGCCCGAGCGCGAAAAGCUCUUGCUGGAGUCUUCACAGACAAGUCCGGCUAG